AUGGGCAACGAAAGAGACCACUACAAUGACCGACACGUUGAGCAUGGCUCUGACAAAGUCGGGGGGCUUUUGCGAAAGUACGACCCUUUUUCCAACAAGCCCAGUCGCCAAUGUGACCCGAUACAUGACCAAGGUGAUGGCCAUGGCCGUUUUCAUGGGCAUCUACAUGACCAUCAUUGCAGGGAAGAGUACCCUACUCGCCGCAAACGCGCCUACCCAGAUCGCGAUUUGGCAGAGUCGCAUCGCCGCAGCCGCAACAAUCACGAAAGCCACUCCAAACGACAUUGCGGAGGAAUUCCCUAUGGCCAGGCGAUUGCUUCGGCAGCGCUGGCGGGCGCCGUCGAGGCAGUGAGUGCACGACACGACAAAGACAAGGCGCUUCAUGUCGCGACGGCCGCAGCAGCGUCUGCAGCGGCGGACGCUGCUAUUGGAAGCAAGGGGGAUGCAAAGAGUGCGAGGCACGUGGCUGAAAGCACAAUUACUGGUCUAGCGAUGGACAGAUUACUGAAUGGGAAAAGGAAGAAAUAG